AUGGCGUUUGUGUUUCCUUCAUUGGCUGAUCCAGCCGUCGUGAUAUUCACUAUCGCCGGCGCCCUCUUUUCUUGCCUGCUGCUCUAUUCUAUUCGAAUUAAUCUAAUGUUUUUGGAAACGCCAGCCCGGUUCCGGAUGCUUGCGGGGUCACGAUGGGACCGAAAGCUACUCUCCCAGACCUACAAAGAACUUGCUAAAAACCCCAUCAACUAUACCGACCAGCUCCCCCCGAGGCUGAACCGACGAUACAUUGUGACCGGAGGCGCUGGUCUUGUCGGGGGCCACAUCGUGCUCCAACUGCUGGCUAGGGGGACGCCGCCUGAGAGUAUUCGCGUCAUUGAUAUCCGCAGACCAGAACGCAAUGAUCUUCACAGCGAAGCCGCGACAAGAGUAGACUUUAUUCAGACAGACAUCACCUCGUUAGGCUCAGUUCAAGCUGCAUUCUGCAAGCCAUGGAACCAAGCAGUAGCCCACCUUCCACUCACCGUCUUCCACACAGCUGCCAUCAUUGUUCCUUCAGCCAGGUCCAAACUACAAUAUGAGUUUGUAGAGUCUGUCAAUGUCAGAGGCACCAAGAACGUUCUUAUAGAAGCACGCAAAGCUGGUGCCGACAUCUUCAGCUCGACCUCGUCCGCGUCCAUCGCAAUCCGCCCAGUAGAGCUCUUUCCAUCGCCCUGGGUAUCAAUACCAAAGAACUUUGCGCAGGUGCUCGAUGAGAGUGAUUUCUAUGAGCCUUUGCGUCCACACGAAGAGUUUUUCGGCAACUAUCCUGCCUCCAAGGCCCUGGCUGAACGUCUAGUCUGUGAAGCAAAUGAUGGCGACUCGUUUAGAACGGGUUGUAUUCGCCCCGGCAACGGAGUUUAUGGGGAUCCAACCGAUAACACGGUCGGCGGUCCUCUCAGCAAGUCUAUCAUGCCAACCAUUUCUUUCGCUCCUUCGAAAUUUUCGUUUCUGACAUAUUUGUUACGCCUUAGAUGGGUGCCACAUAUUGUUCAAAGCUUCGUACACGGGGCGAACGUGGCGGUAGCACAUUUACAUCACGAAGCUGUUCUCACGACUAAGAAUUGCCCACAAGCCGGUCGGCCUUUUGUUGUCACCGAUCCAAACCCCCCUAUAACCUAUCGGGAUCUCUAUAACGUUAUUAAGUUCCUGUCCUUGCAUUCCUUCCACGUCGUCGUUCUGCCACCCAUCCUGAUUCUCCUGCUCUCACACAUCAUUGAAUGGUAUAUCCUUUUGCCGUACCGUUACAUGCUUUUAAAACAUAUUCUUCCAGAGAUAAGGGGGGACUUGAAGUACCUGCAACCGGGACUGUUCUCUAUCUGCACACACUUGGUCGUGUCUGAUUCAGAGGCGAGGAAGCCUGUAGAAGAAGGUGGACUCGGUUAUCGCGGUGUCUUGACAACACUGCAGGGAAUGGUCUGGGAGGUUUUGGAAUGGAACCGAGAGCAUGGGAGUGAGCAUGACAAAACUCAUGCUAGAAAGGCGUACACAACUUCAGUCGAACUGGCGGAACAGAUACAGAAGCUUGGAGUGGGUGGCGUGCGCAUCUCUACAUGA